UUCUCCAGCCAACUACAUCAGACAUGGCAGUUCAGUUAUUCAUAAAGAAGGAAUUCUCGUCAGUUUAUCAUAAAUACAUGAUCCCAGUCUCCAAUAAUAUAAUGGAUAUGAUUUUAACUUACGUGAAAGAUAAACAGAAAGGGAAGUCUCCUGAAAUGGCGCUGGAUGUUGGCUGUGGGACAGGCCGGUACACUUUGCCUCUAGCUCCUCACUUCAAGAAGGUUCUGGGAAUAGACACCAGUGAAUCCCAAAUUAAUUUGGCCAGACAAUACGCUUUAGCGGAGAAUGCAUCCUACAUGGUAGGACAAGCUGAGAAGUUACCACUGAAAGAUGCCUCUGUGGACCUAGUGAAUGCUGGUCUUGCUGCUCAUUGGUUCGAGGUUGAUAAAUUUGUCCAUGAAGCAACUAGAGUGCUCAAAACCAAUGGCUGCCUUGCUGUCCAUGCUUUCCAUCCUUACACAGAUAUUGAAUAUGGGAAUCUGUCAGAAGACCUAUCAGCGCUAAUGACAGAGGUAUGGGAUUCUUUAUUCAAGUAUUCUGUAAAGUCCACUGAAUACAUGCUACAUCAAUAUCAACAUAUAUAUGAGGCUGUGCCACUACAUGACAAGAAGUGGAUCACGGACAUACCAGUCACAGUUCAGAUGUCCAUAUUAGACACUAUGGGCUUUAUACAGGCAGUAUACAUGUAUCAGGUGUUUGCGGAAAAAGAUCCAGCUGGAGCAUCGGAAUUUCUGAUAAAGACUGAGCAGAAGUUUCGAGAAAUACUGGGGAAAAAUGCUGAUUCUACUCUGCUGAAUGGCCGUUUUAAAUAUUAUUGUAUUCUGGCGUGCAAGAGCUAACAUGGUGACGGCUGAGGACACAAUCAUGAUGUCAUCAAUUAGUUUCUUGUUCUGUGAACUAAACUCAGAUGAACUGUAUAGCUUUGUGGGUGCGGAAGUAAAUUUUCAGCAUAGAGUUAGAGUUU